AGUCUAAUAAGUAAAAACUUUGCAGCUUCUGAUCGGGUUUCUUGGCCGGUGACCAUAAAUAAGCCGCCAUUCAAGGCGGCGAGUCGCGUCGCAACAUUCGUUAGAUACAGGAACAUGGAGUCAUCAUCAUCAUCGUCUUCAUCUAGCCGCCGCAAACAAUCACCAUAUUCUAAUCUCAAUCAAGAACGCUUUCUACGAAAACACUUGAGGCCAGCCAUAACCGGCAAAUCAUGCCCAAUUUGUUUGAGCCUAAUCGAAGAAGCAGCUGUAAUCACUAUAUGUUUUCACGCCUACUGCUACGAUUGCAUUCGUAAAUGGAGUAAUCUGAAAAGAAAGUGUCCUCUUUGUAAUGCCGAAUUCGGUUCGCUGUUCGUCGGAAUCGAUCUUAAUACUAGAACAUUCCGUACCAAACAUUUAUCAUCUCUUAGGGAUACAAAAUUCAACAAUAGUAUUGGACAUUCAAAUGUCAGGCAAAGAGAUUUCAUGGCUCAACGAAGGGCUGUUGGCAUUUCAAGAGAGGAAUUAAACGUCGUUAACAGAAGAUCAAGGCCAUUACCAAGGCAGAGGUCAUUUGGGCAAUCUAAAAUGUUGCCUCCUGGUGUUACCAAACAGAGAAUUCUGCAGUGGCGUUUAAGCAUUUAUGAACAGAACUUGCGUGCCGUUCCUUGUCCUACAAGAAGGUCGCUUGAGCAGGGUUUUAUAGGAAGAAACAGUAACAAGGAAAGAUUACUAGAAAGAAUAGAACCAUGGAUACACAGGGAACUCCAUGCUGUUCUUGGGGAUCCAGAUCCAGUUAUGCUCGUUCAUGUGGUGACCUCACUCUUUAUCUCAGCCCUUGAUAAAAUGCAGAACAACCAUCUUCAACCUUUGCAGCCUUUUCUAUUGGAAAAGACGAGUAUAUUCUGGCAUGAACUCAGAUGUUUUGCAGAAAGCUCAUUCAAUAUGGAAACAUAUGACACAGUAGUUGAGUAUGUAAAAUGCUCAAAUUGAAAUAUAUUUGUAUGAUCGGAUGAUGAAGAUGAAGACGACCAUGCAGCAGCCACUCUUACAUCAUAUUAUUAAGCAAAAGAGUUGUUUAACGAUGUAAUAUGUUUAUCAAUUGUUGUCUUUUUGUAAAGGUAACAUUAUCUUGUAUUAGAAAGAGAUGAAAAGUGUAUAAAGUAAAUGAUGAAAAUUACAUUUGAAGUAAUACCCGGUUGUUAAGUUGAUUGGCUAA